UUGUUGAUUGCUGAUCAUCCUAGCAAGAAGGCUUAUGGCUAAUAGUUUCCUUUAUUGCAGCUCAGUAUCUAUAUGGAUAUCUUUACAUAUACACUGGUUAUUUUGAAGGAGUUGUGACUGUGGGUCUGUGUUUGUGAGAGACAGGGACAGCAGUGAGCUCAAAAUGUGUGGAGGUACACCAAAGACUUCAAACAGUACUGGGAACAAGGAGGAGAAAGCAAGGAAAAUCCAUAGUACCACUUCCACACUGGUAAAUGACUUUUCAGUGCCCAGGUUGGAUAAGACAAAGAAACGACUUGUGGCAGAAAAAACCAAAAGAGUUGGUGAAGAACUAUCAGACAGUUGGUCUUGUUCGGGAUUUGACCUAAAUGAAAUCCGCUUGAUAGUGUAUCAAGAUUGUGAGAGGAGAGGCAGACAGGUCUUAUUUGACUCCACUGCAGUCCACAAGACUGAUGAGACAGGGUUUCAGGAUGCCUCUGGAAAGCCAUGUGGCAAAUGCUGCCAAGAAUGCAGGGGGUCCAGUACAGCUUCUCAUAAUCCUUCAACGGACAGCAGACAGACUAUCAAGGAAGACAUUCCAAAGUAUCAGUACACCAGGCCAGCAUCUGAUGUCAACAUGUUGGGAGAGAUGAUGUUUGGUUCAGUAGCAAUGAGUUACAAAGGCUCUACACUGAAAAUCCACUAUAUACGUUCUCCCCCGCAGCUCAUGAUGAGUAAAGUGUUCUCUGCCAGAGUAGGAAGCUUCAGUGGAAGUACAAAUAGUUUGCAAGGUAGUUUUGAAUGCAUCAAUCAAGAUCCAAGUUUAGGAAGACUGAACUCUACUCCAAAUAGUUUGGGCCCCUGUCGUAAUGAAGGUAGUCUAGGUGCAUUACAGUUGUGUAGCAACAAACUGCUGCACGGUGUGCCUGAAGGGGAAUCCCUCCGGCUCAUCCGGAGUGCUUCCUUUUUUACAGCUCACAGCACACCUGUUGACAUGCCUAGCAGGGGGCAGAAUGAAGACAGAGACAGUGGUAUUGCUCGCUCAGCAUCUUUGAACAGUCUUUUGAUGGCUCCAUUGCCAUCUCCAAGUUCCUGUUCUAGUACCUACCAGCGUCGUUGGCUAAGAAGUCAAACAACAAGUCUGCAAAAUGGCAUUUUUCCUAGGUGCUCCACUGAAGAAACAUUCAACAUGGCAGAUGAAAGCUGUAGCCUCAAUCCUGCAAUGAUUCGAAGGAAGAAAAUUGCCAUCAGCAUCAUUUUCACCCUCCCAGAAAAUGAAGAGUCUCAGAGGGACUUCCAGGAUUUCUUCUUUUCUCACUUCCCCAUAUUUGAAUCACAUAUGAGCAAACUGAAGAAUGCAGUUGAAAUGGCUAUGAUCGUCUGUAGAAAAAUAGCAGAAACUAGCCAAAAAGUGCAAGUUUACAUCAGCCGUGUCAUGCAUGCCUUGGAUGAAUUCAGAGUUACAAUCUGGAAUUUGUAUUCAGUUCCAAGAAUUGCAGAACCUGUGUGGCUUACUAUGAUGUCGGGUGCUUCAGAAAAGAAUACAUUAUGCCAACACUUUCUCAAGGAGUUCACAGCUUUGAUAGAGCAAACCAGCAAAAACCAGUUCCUAGGAGCUCUAUUAACAGCAGUGCUGACCUAUCACCUCGCCUGGGUACCAACAGUGAUGCCAGUUGACCAUCUCCCCAUCAAGACCUUGUCUGAGAAAUGUGCCUCUCAGUCUGUGAGCAUGCUAGCAAAAUCUCAUCCUUAUAAUCCACUAUGGGCACAGCUUGGUGACUUAUAUGGUGCUAUAGGUUCACCUGUCAGGAUGACUAGGACUGUAAUUGUUGGGAAACGUAAGGAUUUGGUUCAGCGCAUACUCUAUGUCCUUACAUAUUUCUUGCGGUGCUCUGAGCUACAAGAGAAUCAGCUCACCUGGAGUGGGCAAGUUGGAAGAGAAGAGCAAACCCUGAAUGGCAGCAAUAUCACAACAGCUCUGGAAAAGGGAGAAGCUGAGGAAUCUGACUAUGUGGUUGUCACUGUUCAAAAUGAACCUGCUCUCGUACCUCCUGUUCAUCCCCCAAAGUGUGGAAAGCACAGGUGUGCUGCAGCUGUGGAAUGUGACAGCUUGGUUGAGUCCACCUGUGUGAAGGAAAAGCAUGAAGGAAUAAAUUUUGGGCAGUGCCCUGAGACAUCUCCUUGUUUGUCCAGAGUUGGCUCCCCAAAAAGAAUUGUGGAGAAGACCAAGAAGGGAAAAACUGUAGCCCAUUCAGAACCUGUUUCUGAAGAGCAAGCUAAAUUGGAGAAUUUGACACCAAGGAUGAAUAAUGGCAACCAUUGUGGUGUAAUAGAACAGAUGCUUGGCAGCUUGGCCACUGUACCAUGCCCUGAGAGGUUUGGCUCCAAAUAUUCUCGAUUGGAAAGGGUUACCUUUCAGAUUGGAAGUUCAGCCUCACCAGAGUCUGAUUUAGAAACACAAAGGAAGGAGAUGGAUAAAACUCUUGAAAUGCUCAGGAUUAAAAGCACAUCUCCAUGUGUUGUGUCACGUCUAUCUUUUCAGCCUCAACAGGACAAAUCAAACGUCUGUCUUAAACCACGGACAAGGCAGAAAGCUAGUAAAAUGCAUGCACCAAGUGCACCACGGUUGUCGUUAGAUCGGAUGUCUGUGUCACAUGAUGGCAAAGUCAGAACUAUAAAUCUUGGAGCACUAGGGGCUUCUAAAAGUACAUGCUGUGAAAACCUGGAAAGAAGUUCACUUGACUGUGAUUCAGGCAGUCCCAGUAUUGAGCAAGAAUCUGGCCAAGUAGUUACUCAAGAUAUCCCCUGUGGGGAUGCUGGCAGAGAACACACUUUUAGCCUGGAAGAGAACAUUCCUAGGAAUGAAAGCUGUGACAGCGCCCUGGGUGAGAGUGAUGAUGAAGGUGGUGCAUCUAUUCCAGGUGUACCAUCUUCUAACAUUGCUAGCAAUAGGCCUGAAAAACUUUCUGAAGUGGAACUUGCUUUGCCAAGAUCCAGCACAAUCAGCAAUCAAAGUGUGAAGCAUUUUGGAAGGUCACUUCUGGGUGGCUAUUGUGCCUCAUAUGUGUCUGAUCUAGUGUUACAAGGAAUAAGUAAUGAGGAACAGCUUAAGCAAUGCUUACCAGUUGAGUUGAGUCAUGCAGUGAAUCAUCCUGUUCUAGAUGAGCCCAUAGCAGAAGCUGUUUGCAUUAUUGCAAAUACAGAUAAAUGGACUGUCCAGGUGGCCACAAGUCAGAGAAAGAUGUUGGACAAUAUUAGGCUGGGCAAGGAUGUCCUGGUCUCCAACCAAGUGUCUUCCUUAUUACAGUCCAUUUUACAGCUUUAUAAACUCAACCUUCCUGCUGACUUUUGUAUAAUGUAUCUGGAGGAUCGUCUACAGGAAAUGUACCUCAAAAGCACUAUGCUAUCUAAAUAUUUGCGAGGUCAAUCAAGAGUUCAUGUGAAAGAACUUGGAGUGGUGUUGGGGAUUGAAUCCAACGAUUUACCUUUGCUGGCUGCUAUAGCGAGUACUCAUUCUCCAUAUGUUGCCCAAAUAUUCCUCUAAGCUAAAAUACAUGAAGGCAAAUGCUUCCUUGUGAAUUUUAGGUGUGAAGAACAGUGAUGCCAAAUGUGAAGCAGGCAGGAGUGGAGAACAGCAGGCGACAACAGUUUGUUCUGUCACUUUUCCUUCUCCAGGGUUUCAUCUAGACACUUUUUAGUGGAAUUUCAGUUUACAUAAGAUAAAACACAUUCAGGGUUUUUAUAUUGGCAUGCAGCGUUGGACAAAAGGAUUAAACACCAUUGGAAUAUAAAGUGCUUAUUUGUUGUUUUCAACCAAACCAAAAGGAAAAAAAAAUCCAAGUACUGUUUCCUGACUGCUGCACAUGACUGCUGCACAUGUUUUUCCCCCAUUGGAUUUCGGUAAACAAAGCAGCACAGCAUUCCCGUGUUUGGAUGGACAAGCUGGAGAAUGUAUGAAUGGGCAUGCUCUUCUGUUACAGCACUGCCUUCUGUGGAAUAAAGACUACCAAUAACGCAGCUACCGCCAAGAGAGCUGAAGCUUCAUUCAGCAUUCUUGUUGGAGAAGGAAGUUCUAGAAUCUCCAUCAGAUGAAAAUGGGAAAAGCUACAGGAACCUUCAGUAAAGCUGCUGUUAGUCUUCUACAUUUAUCCUGUCGCAAACACCAUGUCUUGAACUUCCAGUUCCCCGGCCUUACUAAAAUAUGUCAUACUUGCUUAUUUAUCUUACACAACCACCCUCAGAAGUGUCUAUUUGAAUCUUAAAAUUUGACAUGAUGAACUUGGCUUAAGUUCCAGGUAGUUUAAGACAUAAGUGUACCAUUGCCCUGUAAAUAAGAGAUCACUCUUUAGCCAAACUGUGUAAUAAAGAUCCACUUCUUAAGUGAAUUCAUGAAAUGUACAGAAGAAAUCUCAGAGGGGAUAUCAUUAAGAGGUAGGUUAGCCAUAGUAAUAGUGACAGAGCAGUUCAGUUUGACAAUUGCAGGUAUCUGAAGUGAUCCAACAGUUUUGCACUAGCCUCUCAGUGCCUUCCACUCUUGUGCAUCUUGACUCUAGAAGAGAAACUUAAGUGAGUUAAAAGUUCACUAUAUCCAUUUUAUCUUUUGAAAAUCAUUUUCUGUACUGCUCUACUGUCAUAACCAUUUGGAAUUUCAAACCUAGGGCCUUCCUUUGAACAAAUUCAGUACUGUAUAAACACUGUGACUUCUGCAAUUUUCAAGCAAAUUAGCUUGUGAAAUUAGGACAAGGAACAGUAAAUCCUUUCAGAAAGGCUCCUUGGUUGUACUUGGCUAAGACUCCUGUUGUCUAAAACAAUUGCCAUAUCUGAUUGAGAAUGCUAAAAAAGUCUUGUCAUGCUUAGCAACGGAAAUAAGUGGCGUUGGCAAUUUUGAAGCAUUUUUUUUCCAAACAUUGGUUCAAUAGUGUAAUAUUUCUUGGUUAGAGCAUAUAAAAUCUUUAGCUUUGUU